GUGCGCGCGCAGGAGGGACGCCAGCCGGAGCGGCCGUUGUCGGGUUCGACUGGCGGGGCGGUGAAGUCACCUGCGAGCGGCUGCGCCCGCCGCGUCCGGAUCGCGCCGGCCUCGCGGGGCCCCACGCAACCCUGCGAGGCUGGGGUCGGGGAGCAGGCGGAGUCCGCGCCCGGAGUCGGCGACUAGGAGGACUCGACCCUCGGCGCCGCCGCCCGCGCGGGGCCGGGUUAUUAGCAAAAGAUGGUGGAUCGCCUGGCAAACAGUGAGGCGAAUACUAGACGCAUAAGUAUUGUGGAGAACUGUUUUGGAGCAGCUGGUCAGCCCUUGACCAUCCCUGGGCGUGUGCUUAUUGGAGAAGGAGUGUUGACUAAGCUGUGCAGAAAGAAGCCUAAAGCAAGGCAGUUUUUCUUAUUUAAUGAUAUUCUAGUAUAUGGCAAUAUUGUUAUCCAGAAGAAAAAAUACAACAAACAGCAUAUUAUUCCCUUGGAAAAUGUCACCAUUGAUUCCAUCAAAGAUGAAGGGGAAUUACGGAAUGGAUGGCUUAUUAAGACACCGACUAAGUCAUUUGCAGUUUAUGCUGCCACUGCCACGGAGAAGUCAGAGUGGAUGAAUCACAUAAAUAAGUGUGUCACUGAUUUACUCUCCAAAAGUGGGAAGACGCCCAGCAACGAGCAUGCUGCUGUCUGGGUUCCUGACUCUGAGGCCACCGUGUGUAUGCGCUGUCAGAAAGCAAAAUUCACACCAGUCAAUCGGCGGCACCAUUGCCGCAAAUGUGGCUUUGUUGUUUGUGGUCCCUGCUCUGAAAAGCGAUUUCUUCUUCCCAGCCAGUCUUCUAAGCCUGUGCGGAUUUGUGACUUCUGCUAUGACCUGCUUUCCACCGGGGACAUGGCCGCGUGUCAGCCGACUAGAUCAGACUCUUAUAGUCAAUCGUUGAAGUCUCCUUUAAAUGAUGCAUCUGAUGAUGACGACGAUGAUGAUAGCAGUGACUAAUGACGUGCUGUGAAGUAUUUAAUUGACUGCCUGAGAGUCAGCUUUGGGGGCGCUCUCAGUUUGCUUUAGCCAUGACUGCCUGAGAAGUCUUAACCUCUGUGCCUCUCUGUAUCCUAUAGAAAGCAGCCCCAUGCUUUCUGCUCCCCUCUGCACUCUCUCACAGGGACAAACUUGCAGAUACAUCCGAUAGGGUCUUGGCUUUCUACUGUCCUUAUUUCUAGAUUAUUUUCUUGUAAGUUGGAAAGGAUGUUUAUUUAACAGAUCUUGUAUUACAUUUCCCUGAUAUGGAAAACCUAAAAGCACAGAAUGAUGGGAACAAGAGUGUGAUGUGCUUGGUAUCUGGCUUUUCCCCAAGCAGUCGAUGUAAUGGUUAAGACACCAGUGACAGGACAUGGUUUGGAAAUCCUUUAUUCUCUUUUCUCAAUACCAAGUGGUGCCUUACUGUGGCAGCAAUGUCACUGUCACUGAAAUAACCGUAAGCCCUACCUUCUUUCUUGUUUGAUUGAUUUAAACACACUGGUGCUCUUACAGGUGGAGAAUGAGUGUUUGAUGGAUGUAGGUAAGCAUAUUUAUUUGACAGCUAUGAGGAACUAAAUUUAGAGGUUUCUCUACUCUUAUAUGAAUAUUUUUCAUAAAAUAGUUGUGAUUAUAUUUUUACAUCUUUUAGGCACCAAAUUAUAAUGGUCACAUAUAUGUUUAGCUGGUUGCCACUGUUCGGGAUUUGAUUUGAAAUUCAUCACUAGUAUAGAAGUGGCAUAUCCCACUAGCUUCUACUUUCCUAAUAUAUUUUUACAAAUAACUUUAUUUGCUUUACAUUAUUUCUAAAAGGAAAAAUCUGAGGAAACCCUUAUAUUUUCCAACAGCGUUCUGUGUAGCUUUGCUUAUCCUGGAACUCGAUUUGUUGACCAGGCUGGCCUUGAAUUCUCAAAAUUCCAUCUGCCUUUGCCUCCCCAGGCACCACUACCACCUGACAAAAAUGAAAAGUCUUAAGAAAAUCCUCCCAGGAGAACAUGGAGUCUUAGAGAUCUGGAAGAGAUCGGCGUUUGACUAGGUUUCCUGUCUGCAAGCAUCGUCAAUUUUUUGUGAAAUUAUCUUGAUUUACAUCAUUAUUGUAUUUUACAGAGUUUAUGAAGCCCCAAACAAUUUUUAUUUUUGUAAAACAAUUGUAUGUUUAAUCUGUUUCUGAAAUCAUUUUGCAAUAUAUGGAAAUAGAGUAGCAGUUGAUAUUUCUAAAUUGUGACCAUUGUCCGAGAUUGCUUUGAGAACUGGUAGUUAUUCUCUUUAUGUUUGGAGGCAGCCAUUAGGCUGUAGGCCUGCUUACUGCAUAGCACUGGACGUGCCGGGCACAUCCUGGCCCCUGGCAUGCUUCAGUAACUAGGUUUUCAAUUGUGGGAAACCAAGCUGAAAGGUCUGUUUUGUUUUUUGUUGUUGUUGUUUUUUUUUUUUUUUUUCAGAGUUCAAGUCCAGCUCCUCCUUUUCAAAUUUUAAAACCUGUAUAAUUCUGCAGAUGUCCUAGGGUUUGAGUCAGUAACUUGUGGAUGAAAGUCAUUGGUAUUUCGCUUUGUGGUUACAGUACUAAUUUUACUUUUCUGCUCAGUUUUGAAAGUUGUGUGAGCUAUAUAGGUCUCCCUGUAGGAAAUGUGAAAAAAAGCACAAUAGAACCAGGCUAGGGGCUUUGUUCCUGCCUUUUGUUUUGGUUGGUUUUACUCUCAGAUGGUUUUGUGUUUGUCUCAAAGCAGCAUAUACAUGCAGUCAGUAAGCAUGUUUGAAAGGACCAUAAAAACUUGAGAAAUGCUGAUGGCAACUUGGAAAUUCAGGAACCAAGGGGAAAUGUCCUGAGAUAACAUUUGCAUUGUCGACCUCAGUUGACUGUUUUUACAAUAAAAAUAUUUUGCAGCUUA